CCAAACCGGAGCAUCACCUCACCUCUUAGCCGCGCCGCCCGCCAGCGCCGCCCCCCACUCCUCAUUGCCCCAGCAUCAUCCUGCUUCGAAGCCGCUGCCAGCUCCUCCAAGAGCUAGCCAAUCAAGCCGAUCGAUGGCCAUGGCCACGCAAGCCUCCGCCGCGACGCGCCACCUGCUGGCGGCGGCGUGGUCGCCGGCGGCGAAGGCGCCGCGGCCGUCGCAGCUCGUGGUCCCGUCGUCCUCCCGCGGGCCGGCCCCGCUCCGCGCGGCCGCCGAGGAGGCCGCGGCGGCGACCGAGGAGGCGCCCAAGGGGUUCGUGCCCCCGCAGCUGGACCCCAACACGCCGUCCCCGAUCUUCGGCGGCAGCACGGGCGGGCUGCUCCGCAAGGCGCAGGUGGAGGAGUUCUACGUGAUCACGUGGACGUCCCCCAAGGAGCAGGUGUUCGAGAUGCCCACGGGCGGCGCCGCCAUCAUGCGGGAGGGGCCCAACCUCCUGAAGCUGGCGCGCAAGGAGCAGUGCCUGGCGCUGGGCACCAGGCUGCGCUCCAAGUACAAGAUCAACUACCAGUUCUACCGCGUCUUCCCCAACGGCGAGGUCCAGUACCUGCACCCCAAGGACGGCGUCUACCCGGAGAAGGUCAACGCCGGCAGGCAGGGCGUCGGCCAGAACUACCGCAGCAUCGGCAAGAACGUCAGCCCCAUCGAGGUCAAGUUCACCGGCAAGAGCACCUUCGACCUCUGAUGUGUUAAUUACUGCUAGCUGUUGGGUUCGUGGUUGAUGGAUCUGAAGGCUCGGUCGAUGUGUAAUUUUACUAUCAAGCUUUUCUUGGUGAUUGUGGAGAGGUGAUACAUGGAAUCCCUUAAUUAAUUAUAUGAUGUACAUGUUUAUUUGGUGAUGCGAGGUUGUCCAUCAGUCCAUGCA